AUGUUGCAAAAUAAGAUGUUAUCGAAAGCAGGGAUUUGUGACCAUACCGUGGAUCCCUCGAGUCCCUCUUUUGACUUCGAAAGAUGGUCCAACACAAUAGCUCGCCUGAGAAAUGAACUCGGAAUCCCUCCCCCACCGCGGUCUGGAUUUUGUUUCAAGAAAUUAACCAUCAGAGGAAACGGUGUAUCAGUCGGUGAGCAGCAAACCAUUUUGACCUGGUUAGCUUGGCCAUACGAAGUUUGGAAGAGGUUCCGAACGACACCUUCCAGGACUAUUCUCUACGGUCUUGAUGGAGUCGUCCAAAAGGGAGAGCUUCUCCUUAUGCUUGGGCGUGCUGGGAGUGGGUGUACAACCUUUCUGAGGGCGAUCAGUGGUGAGAUGUCCAACCUCAAGGUGGAACCUACCUCAACCCUUCAUUACUCUGGCAUUCCACACGAAGUUAUGGCGGAGAAAUUCAAGGGAGAGUUGCUAUAUAAUCAGGAAGUGGAUGAGCAUCUUCCCUACCUAACCGUAGGACAGACCCUCGAGUUCGCUGCGGCCAUGCGCGCUCCACGAACUCGGAUACUAGGAAUCAGCCGAGAAGAUCGAAUGAAAUACGCUGUAGACGUUUUGCUUAGGGUUUUCGGUCUGUCGCACACGCGUCAUACUCUCGUCGGUGAUGACUUUGUGCAAGGCAUAUCUGGCGGCGAGAAGAAGAGACUAUCGAUUGCAGAGACAGUUUUUGCCGAGGCCACAAUUUAUGCAUGGGAUAACUCCACGCGAGGGUUGGACGCAGAAUCGGCUCUUGGUUUUGUCAACCGACUUCGUACUCUUUCUAAUUUAACUCAAGCCGCAAACGCGGCGGCCAUCUACCAAUGCUCACAGGCCAUGAUAAACAUGUUCGAUAAGAUUUUGAUACUUUACGAAGGGCGACAAAUAUUCUUCGGUCAGGCUUCUUUAGCGACAAGUUAUUUCGAAAGGAUGGGCUGGUAUUACCCUCCCAGGCAGCCGGCUGGAGACUUCCUCACAGCUAUCACGAAUCCUUUGCAGAGAACACCCAGAGAAGGAUUCCAAGGCCGGGUUCCAAGGACCGCCAUGGAGUUUGAAGACUAUUGGCAUAAUUCUUCAGAGUAUGCGGCGGUCCAGAAAGACAUUGAUGACUACGAAAAGCGCUCCAUUCCCCAAGCCGAGGCCACUCGACGAGAGUUUUCUCUAGCCCGCAAACAAAUCAAGUCGAAAUGGAUGCUAAACAGAGCCCCCCAGACGGUUUCAUUUCCGUUACAAACCCGCCUUUGCAUCAAGAGGAGAUACCAGCAGUUGUGGAACAGUAAAGCAUCGACUUAUACGGCACUCCUUGGGCAAGUGGUCAUUUCCCUUGUGGUGGGAUCCAUAUUCUACGGCACUCCACAAAGCACGAAUGCCUUCUUUUCUUACGGCUCUGUUCUUUUCUUUUCCGUACUCCUCAAUGUUCUCAUGGCCGUGACAGACAUCCACAGCCUAUACAGCGGUCGCUCGGUUGUUCGAAAGCAGACCUCCUAUGCGUUCUAUCGACCUUCAGCAAAUGCACUUGCUGGUAUCCUGGCUGACAUUCCAAUCAAAUUUGUCACUGCCGUACUCUUCAACGCUAUUCUUUACUUUUUAUCUGGUGCGGAACGAACUGCCGCCCAAUUCUUCAUAUUCUUCCUCUUUGUGUUUACAGCCACUUUGACAAUGUCAAUGGUGUUCAGAACAAUUGCCGCGGCCACUGAGACGCUCCCCGCCGCGCUUGCGAUAUCUGGCUUCCUCGUUCUGACACUGGUUACAUAUACCGGAUUCAUUCUACCCCGCCCAUACAUGCGUCCAUGGUUCAAGUGGAUAUCCUACAUCAACCCACUCGCAUACGUGUUCGAGGCACUUCUUGUGAACCAGGUCCACGGAGCAAAAUACCCCUGUGCGGGCCUGGUGCCCCCAUAUCCGCAUUCAACAGGUGACACGUUCAUAUGUCCAGUCCCGGGUUCUGUUGCAGGACAUUCCUUUGUUGUGGGCGAAUCCUGGUGCGAAGCCAGCUAUGGUUACUCUUACUCCCAUCUCUGGCGCAACUACGGUAUCAUCAUUGGAUUCCUCUUCCUCUUCCUCCUCACAUACCUCGUCGCUACAGAGUAUGGUAAGAGUUCUUCCAGUGGACCAAGUGUCCUUGUCUUCUCUCGCGGACAUGUACCCAAGGAUUCUUUACAUGCCGACUUGCAUCGUGAAACUAUCCACAGUGACCCCGAGGGCCAGGGACAGGCGAGUGACGAACCUGACUUGCAUAACGCUGCUUCUGUCAACACAAACGGAGAAAGUCCUAUAAAUCAGAAUGAGAAAAUAUUCUCGUGGAGUAAAGUAACUCUUGAUGUGUUGAUAAAGGGCCAACCGAGGAGGCUUCUAGACAAUGCGGCCGGUUGGGUUCGACCGCGUUCCCUGACCGCGUUGAUGGGUGUGUCCGGAGCAGGGAAAACAACACUGCUAAACACACUAGCUCAAAGGUCAUCGGACUGUGUCAUGGCAGGAGAAUUUUACAUUGACGGGGAACCUAUCGACGGAUCGUUCAAGAGUCACAUUGGCUACGUCCAGCAGCAAGACGUCCAUCUCGAUACGUCGACAGUUCGCGAGGCUCUGCAGCUAUCGGCAUUGCUACGGCAACCCUUUGACAUUCCAAAGCAAGAAAAAAUGGCCUUCGUUGAAGAUGUGAUUGAAGUUCUUGGCCUGUCCGAGGUCGGUGAUGCCGUUGUGGGGAUACCAGGUCAAGGUCUCAAUGUCGAACAACGCAAGCGUCUUAGCAUUGGAGUCGAACUUGCGGCGAGACCAUCACUGCUCCUCUUUCUAGACGAGCCAACUUCUGGUUUAGAUAGCCAAUCGUCCGAAGCUAUCUUGUCUCUUCUCCGGAAAUUGGCAGCUGGAGGACUUGGGAUCAUUUGCACCGUCCACCAACCUAGCGCGAUGCUGUUCCAACAAUUUGACCGGCUCUUACUGAUGGCUCAAGGCGGCAGAGUUGCAUAUUUUGGAGACGUUGGAGAAAACUCAGACGCUGUAUUACAAUACUUCGCUGCUCACGACCCUGAGCAUAGGACAUGCGAAGAUUCCGAGAACCCUGCUGAAUAUCUCCUCAAGUUGAUUGGGAACAAUGAGAGUUCGCAGCCUGACUGGUCGAGGACUUGGGCUGAAUCCGCAAAUGCCGAUGAGGUUCAGAGGGAGAUAGAGCAAGCAAGAGACUCUUCUUCGGAGCGGCAAGGGAAACAAAAAAAGAGGCCCAGUAUCAAGAAAGCGGCUGACAGUAAGGCCUUGGACACUUACCCGGUCCCUCUAUUGUCACAAAUAUCUCCCAUUUGCUUGAGGGUUUUCCAAAAGUAUUGGCGAUCGCCGUCGUAUAUUGUCAGUAAAUUUAUGCUGGGAUGUGGCUGCUCGUUGUUGAUUGGGUUUUCCUUCUUCCAAGGCCCCCCUUCUAUCUUGGGUGUCCAGAACAAAAUAUUCUCAAUACUCAUGAUUUGUGCAACAUUCAGCAGUCUGAUUCAGCAGAUUAUGCCGAGGUUCAUCGCUCAACGAACAAUUUAUGAGGUCCGGGAACGACACUCCAACAUGUACCACUGGCCCGUUUUGAUCCUUGCCAAUCUACUCGUUGAACUCCCGUAUCACAUAUUAUUAGGAGGGUUCACAUUCGCAAUCUUUAAUUACACGGUCUUCGGGAUCCGUUCAGCUGAGGAGCAAGGGCUGGUCUGCAUCUUCUUAAUUCACUUCUACAUCCUUGCCGGGACCUUUGCAUUGAUGGUGGUGGCGCCGUUGCCAGACGCAACAACGGCCGGCCGUCUUGCAACCAUCAUGUUCUCCAUGAUGGUACUAUUUGCAGGCGUAUUCCAAAUCCCAACAGCCCUGCCGAGAUUUUGGAUUUUCAUGUAUCGCGUGUCCCCGAUGACAUACUUUGUGGGAGGUACAGCCGUCGCAGGUCUAUCAGGAACUCCCAUCACCUGCUCACCUUCCGAAAUCGCUGUCUUCCAACCCCCAAGGGGCAGUAAUUGUGGAUCAUACAUGCAGCCAUUUCUCGACAAUGGCGCGCCUGGCGUACUGCUGAACCCAGGGGCUGCUGCUAACUGUUCCUAUUGCCCUUUGCGGUCAGCCGAUCAGGUCUUAGCGAGGUCAGGGAUGUACUAUCACCAGAGAUGGAUGUACUGGGGAGUUGGAUUUGCUUUUGUUGCCUUCAAUAUCGCUGGCGCGUUUGGAUUCUUCUAUCUCUUUAGAGUGCGAGGCGUGGGAGUGAUAGGUAACUGGAUUACGCGUCACGUUCCAUUACCAGGCAGACGACCACGGCUACCUUGA